AUGUUAACGGCUAUUUUUCUCUCCCUCACGGUGCUCCUACGCGCCACCACUAUAUUGACAGUGGCCCAACGGAGCGCCUAUACGGCGGCGGAGACCCAGGCAUUAAUGUCGUUCAAGUCGAAUCUGCAAGACCCACUUGGCGUAUUGGACGGCUGGGAUUUGUCGACACCCUUGGCACCGUGUGAUUGGAGGGGUGUUUACUGUUACGACGGUCGUGUUCGUGAACUCCGCCUGCCUCGUUUCCAACUCGGUGGCCGACUCAGUGACCAACUCGCUAGCUUGCGCGAGUUGCGCAGGUUAAGCCUCCAUUCUAACAACUUCAACGGCUCGAUUCCAGGAUCUCUCUCUCAAUGCGCUCUCUUACGCGCCAUUUAUCUCCAGUACAACUCUUUUUCCGGCGAAUUCCCGCCGGAGAUGUUUAACCUCACUAACCUCCAAAUCCUAAACAUCGCUCAUAACUUUCUCUCCGGCGAAAUAUCCGGCAACAUCCCGAUGGCCCUCCGGUACCUUGAUCUUUCCUCCAAUUCCUUUACCGGCAACAUUCCGUCUAAUUUCUCAUCAUCCUCCCAGCUUGAACUUAUUAAUUUAUCGUUUAACCGGUUCACCGGCGGAAUCCCGCUGAGUAUCGGCGAGCUUCAGAAGCUCGAAUAUCUGUGGCUUGAUUCUAACAAGUUGUACGGCACUCUAUCAUCCGCAAUAGCGAACUGUACUUCGCUAAUUCAUCUGACUGCCGCAGAUAAUAUGCUUGAAGGACUAAUUCCGGCGACUAUUGGUUUGCUUCCGAGGCUUCAAGUGAUAUCACUGUCACACAACCUACUCUCUGGUUUGGUCCCCACGUCACUAGUUUGUAAUGUCUCAGUCAAUGCUUCUUCAAUAAGGAUUGUUCAACUAGGGUUUAAUGCGUUCACGGGCAUUAAUAUCAAACCAACGAACAUGGUGUGCUCCAGUGUUUUGGAGUUUUUAGACCUUCACGAGAAUCACAUAAACGACGUGUUUCCUUAUUGGUUGAUGAAUGUGUCAACACUGAGUACUUUGGAUGUUUCUGGAAAUUUCUUCUCCGGUGUACUGCCUAAUGAGACCGGUAAUCUGUUGAGUUUAGAGGAGCUGAGGGUGGCCAAUAAUUCGCUAACCGGUGAAGUCCCGGAUGGUAUUAGAAAAUGUAGCUUGUUAACAGUGCUUGAUCUUGAAGGAAAUCGAUUUUCGGGUGUAAUCCCAGAGUUUUUGGGGGAAUUGAAGAAGUUGAAGGUAAUGUCACUGGGUGAAAAUCUUUUUACUGGUUCAAUACCAUCUAGUUUUGGAGGUCUUUACGAGCUUGAGGUGUUAAAUUUGAGUAACAAUAGCUUAACUGGUAUAUUACCACAUGAGGUAACGAGGCUUAGCAACUUGAGUUCUUUAAAUUUGAGCAAUAAUGAGUUUUCUGGUGAAGUUCCCAGCAUUAUUGGUGAUUUGAAGGGAUUAGUGGUUCUUAACAUGAGUGGUUGUGGCUUUUCCGGGGGAGUUCCGGUGAGUAUUGGAAGUAUGUUAAGACUCACAACUCUUGAUUUGAGUAAGCAAAAUUUAUCAGGAGAGUUGCCAUUUGAGCUAUUUGGGUUGCCUAGUUUAGAAGUUGUGGCCCUGGAAGAGAACAUGUUAUCUGGAGAUCUUCCUGAGGGUUUUAGCAGCUUAUCGAGUUUGCGAUACCUAAAUCUGUCAUCUAAUGACUUCUCUGGUGAGAUUUUGCCAACAUAUGGCUUUCUUCAAUCUCUAGUUGUUUUCUCACUAUCUAGAAAUCGUAUCACUGGCUCAGUUCCAGGGGAGCUGGGCAAUUGUUCCGAUCUUGAGGUGCUUGAGCUUCGCGGAAAUCUUUUGAGUGGCCAAAUUCCAGAUAAUCUUUCACAUUUGUAUAAUUUGAAGAAGCUUGAUUUGGGUCACAAUAGAUUAACAGGUGGAAUCCCAGAAAAUAUUUCCAAUUGUUCGUCUCUGGCUUCACUCUUGUUGGAUCAUAAUAAUAUCUCAGGCCAAAUACCAGACUCAUUGUCAAAAUUGUCAAUCCUAACAACGCUGGAUCUCUCUUGGAACAAUUUUAGUGGAGCUAUUCCAGCUAGUCUCUCUCUCAUUUCUGGCCUGAAGCACUUUAAUUUAUCCAACAAUCACCUUGAGGGUGAGAUUCCAGAGCCACUACGAUCUCGGUUCAAUGAUCCUUCUGUUUAUGCAAUGAAUGAAGGUUUAUGUGGGAAGCCACUGAACAAAGAUUGCAAAAAGGAAAGAAGGCGAAAGAGGAGGCAGCUGAUUUUAGUAAUAGGUGUGGCUGUGGCAGGAAGUUUAAUUGGGGCAUUAUGUUGUUGCGGGUACAUAUACAGCCUCUUACGGUGGUGCAAGAGGCCGAGAGUUUUGGCUGCAAGAGAGAAGAAACGGAGCCCUGCUCGCACAAGCUCGGGAGCAGAAAGGGGUCGUGGAAGUGGAGAAAAUGGAGGGCCAAAGCUUGUUAUGUUUAACACCAAGAUUACAUAUGCGGAGACCGUGGAAGCAACAAGACAAUUUGAUGAGGAAAAUGUUCUAAGCAGGGGAAAGUAUGGACUUGUAUUCAAAGCCACUUAUCCAGAUGGAAUGGUCCUUGCAAUUCGUCGCCUUCCUGAUACAUCCAUGGAUGAAAAUUCUUUCAAGAAAGAAGCUGAUUCUCUAGGCAAGGUAAAACAUAGAAACCUAACUGUUCUUCGUGGCUAUUAUGCAGGACCACCUGAUAUUCGACUUCUUGUUUAUGACUACAUGCCUAAUGGAAACUUAGCUACUCUCCUUCAAGAGGCAUCACACCAAGAUGGGCAUGUGCUGAAUUGGCCAAUGCGUCACCUAAUUGCACUUGGAAUCGCUCGUGGAUUGGCAUUCUUGCAUUCUGUUUCAAUGGUUCAUGGUGACGUUAAGCCACAAAAUGUGCUCUUUGAUGCCGACUUUGAAGCUCACCUUUCUGAUUUCGGAUUUGAUAAACUAACCAUAGCAACACCAGCAGAAGCGUCCUCGUCUUCCACCCCAAUUGGAACAUUAGGCUACGUAUCCCCUGAAGCCAUAUUAACCGGGCAAGUAACAGAAAAAUCCGAUGUGUACAGUUUUGGGAUCGUAUUGUUAGAGAUAUUAACAGGAAGGAAGCCAGUGAUGUUCACAGAAGAUGAAGACAUUGUGAAGUGGGUGAAGAAACAGUUACAAAGAGGCCAAAUUACAGAAUUGCUAGAACCGGGCUUGCUUGAACUUGAUCCUGAAUCAUCAGAAUGGGAAGAGUUCUUGUUGGGAGUGAAAGUUGGACUUCUGUCCACAACCACUGACCCUCUUGAGAGGCCAUCCAUGACUGACGUCGUGUUCAUGCUCGAACGCUGUCGGGUCGGCCCGGAUCUCCCAUCCUCAGCUGAUCCCACAGCAUUGCCUUCCCCUACGUGAAAAUUCAGCUUCCAAAAUUGAAUCCCUU